AAUUAAAAUAAAUUCAUAAAAUAAAUUUUUUGGUUUCUGGUGGAAAACAAAAUAUGGAUAGACUCACUGGGCGUACACUUAAUUUAUUUACACCAUCAUUUGCUGAUGUACUGAUAAUGUGUUCGGCAGAAUUUAUUGCCACUGGAUUAUUAAUAAUUUUUGGUUGUAUGGGAUUUUUAAAUUCUAAAGAUCAUGACCUAUUUUAUGAUGGUAUUGGCUAUGGAAUGGUCGUAAUGAUUUUACUUGUAAUAUUUGGCCAUGUUUCUGGAGGUCAUUUCAAUCCUAUCGUAUCUAUUUGGGCUGGAAUCUACGGUGUCUUGCCAUUCAAAUUGGUACCAAUGUAUAUCAUAUCACAAUUUCUUGGAGCACUACUUGGAUAUCUCAUACUAAUGGGUAUAAUGCCGGAAAAAUAUUUUUAUGAUGGAGUGUGUGUUACUAAGACAGAAGAUGAUGAUUUAACGUCGACUCAGGCUUUCUUUUUGGAAUUUGCAUGCUCUUUAAUUAUUAUUUGGGUUUAUUGCGGUGUAUGGGAUCAACGAAGUACAGGUAGCUUUGACUCGAGUGCACUUAAAAUUGGAUUUGCAUACAUGCAACAACAUUUUGUGAAUGGACAUUUAACAGGAUCCGGAAUGAAUCCAGCAAGAUCAUUUGCAGCAGCUAUAUGCAAUAAUGUAUGGGAUAAUCAUUGGUUGUAUUGGAUAGCGCCAAUAAUCGGAUCAAUUGUAGCAACAUUGGUUUAUAUGCUUCUACUUGCAAGCCCUAUUGAAAUAGGGAAAAUAAACACUGGCAAGCGAUUGUUUAGAUACAUACAUCGUCACCAAUCUUACCAUUAAAUACAUUCACAAAUCAAAACAUUGUGUUUCCAAACUUCAACGGAAAUACAUUAGCGUAGCCAGGAAGGAGUAAGAAAACUAUAGAUAACUCAACUAGAC